AUGGUCGUCGACGAAAACACGCUUGGCAAGAAGAUGAAAGUACUAUCAAAAGAAGCAAAGCUUUCCGUUGAAUAUACCAACCACUCGAUUCGAGCAACCACAAUUACAAUCCUCGACAGAAAUGGCUAUGAAGCAAGACACAUCAUGUCCGUGAGUGGUCACAGGAGUGAGAGCAGUUUAAAGAGCUGCACUAAAACCGGCGAUUUAACGAAGAGCAAAAUGGCCGGUUGUUUGUCUUCUGCAAUUGAUUCCAGCGAACAUCACGUAGCUGAAAUUCGUAACGCUAUAAACCCUGACAUGUCUGCCCUGGCUACGGUAAGCAAAGAUACUGAAAUUGAGUCUCUUUUAACAAACUCACAAGAAGAAUUAAUCAUGCGGGAUUUCAGCUUCCAAACGACUACACAAACGUCAAAACAGUAG